AUGUCUAGAAAGACCAGUGAUGAAAGUUGUAAUGGCCCAAAUUAUGAGAUUGCCUUGCUUGACUAUGGCGAUUAUAAACAAGCCGCAAAAACCCUUUAUCAUUCUUUCAAGAACGAUCUCUUCACUAACUACUAUUUCCAUCACCUAGCGAAGAUCCAUAUCGAUCAACUGGUGAUUGAAAGGCUCAAAUACGACUUAAUGAAGCAGCAAUUAAAGUAUUAUUUGAGCCAUAGGGAAAGGUAUUUAUGUGUUGGUAUCAAGGAUGGUCUUUCCAGCAAUUUGAUCUGUGUUUCUAUUUGGAAAAUGCCCGAAAGCUCUUAUUUGUUGAAAAGGAGAAGAAAUGUAUUUGCAGGAUCAUCCUCUCCCACUGCCAAUAAGCAACAGUCCUCAUUCUUUUCUAGAAGCAUCAAGAAUAAAUUGUUGUCGCUCAAUGUUCAGUUUAAGAUUGGCUCUUCAGGAGCAAGGAAAAUGAAUAGGGUCAACAAUAUCACCAACUACACUGAGAAUGGGGUAUUGGAUAUUCAGAAUGAUCAGUUGUUCUAUCAGUUGUUUUUGAUCGGUACACACCCCUCUUAUCAGAAAAAUGGUUACGCGUCGAUAUUGAUCAAUUAUAUGAUUGACUAUAUAACCAAAGAUUAUACACUCUUAGAGAGAAAAAUGGGCAAUUCUGUCGUCGAAAAUAUUUCCAAUUGUGAUUACGACAAUUCAGAUAAAUCUAAACCUCCUAUAAUAGUUGAGGCCUCAACAUUGAAAAAUUAUAAUUUUUAUAAACAGAAAUUUGGAUUCACUCCAUUUGCUGGAAUUUAUAUUAAUGAUGCGGAUGUCAAUUCAAUGAUAAAGAUAUUUAGUAAUGAUGAGAAAUCUGGGAAAUAUCUUGAUGAUAUAGAAGAUAUCAACAAUGUCCAAUAUUUCAAGAUCAAUACAAUGAUCUUGAAUAGAUCAUGUAGCGAUGUGGUGAAAGUAGUGGCUUAA